AAUAAUGACGUUGCAGGACAUGCAUUUGCUUCAGCAAGAGAGCCAAUAGAGCAGGAGGUAGGUGUAUAUUUUGUAUCCUACGACUGAUAUAACCAACCCAUUAGAUUGAAACUAGAGAAGGAGUAUAGACCCGGGGGGUACUUUAGGAAUUUCUGGGUGGGGAUGUGCCGCUGGGACCCUUAACCUAUACCAGAGCUAGUUCAGCUUAAUUUUGCUACCCUAUACAAGAGUAAACUCUCCAAAUCCCCCCUAUCCUAGAGUAGCUGUUUCUCUAGUCUAGAUAAAAUCUUCGACCAACUGAUCAGUUUCCUGGAAAAUGAUACCCUAUUCUAGACCCAAAUGUUCUGAUUUAUAUACCCUAUCCUAGAGUAAACUGCUUGAAAACCAUACCCUUCACAGCGGCAUGUACAGUAUAUAGCCUAUAUAUGGCAGUACGGCAGUACCCCCCCCCCCUUCCCCCCCAGGUAUAGACCUUGUGGCUCCUUGUCAUGGUUUUCGAAACCAUCUUGACGAGUAGGCAAACGCGUGAGAAAUUAAAGUGUUUGUAUGAGAGUCUAAUGUCUAAUAAUUUCCGUGAAACCGCUGUUCUGAAAAAAAUAUAUAAAUUGUAAACUAAAGCUACAAAGCAAAGGAUUAUACCAAAAAAAAUUGGGGGCGUACCUGUGCGUAAAUUUCUCCAGAGGCUUGCUUUAGAUUUUCCAUAUAUUUGUCUGUAAUUUUUGAAAAUUUAAAGUGUGGUUCUACGUCUUCUAGUGCAUGUAACGCUCCCAAUUUUUUUCAGUAGAAUCUUAGGACUGAAGCUUUAGUUGACAAUUCCGAGUCAUAUUUUUUCAGAACAGCCGUUCUUCGGAAAUUAUUCGAUGUUAAAUUCUUAUACAAACACUGCUUUCACACGUUUAGAUGGCGUCGAAAACCGUGGUAAGGUCUGUUCUUUUGAUGACACAAUCUGUCCCUUUUAUUAGGCGCCAAAAUGUGCUAGAAAAGAUCUUUGUUCACGUCUGACGAAUCAACAUUUUUUUUUAAAAAAAAAACUUGAUAUCAAAAUCUAGCUGACAACAUUACUAACAAAUAAAAUCGCUAUUGUUGACGAAUUUACUUCCGAAAUCAAAAAACAUUGAUUGACAAGGAAUUGAGUCACUGAUAAUUUUCCCCUUCGCUCGUUUGAGAAACACAUGUUUUUACUUUAUGUAUUAGGCGAUCGUUGGUCAUCCCACUGAAGAAGUGAAUCAUCUCAUUCAUACUGGGGAACAGAUAGAAGGAUCUCAUCAGCUUUUUAUUGGUCAGCGUAACCCUGCAGGUUUUCACAAUGGGCUGAUGGAUCCCCAAGGGAUCUCACCAUUGCCAAUUGUGCCACCAAGCUAUCCUCAUCUCCCGAUGAGGGAGCUAAUUGUGGAGAAUUUGAAUUUCAACCCAUUGCAAGAGGUUCCCUUAUACCAGAUGCAUUCAAGAGGGAGACAACGGAUGCAGUGCGCGGAGUUGGCUAGAGGAAUACAGUUCAGUGAUUGGGCUGGGGCUAGACCACCAACAACUAAUAUGCACUGUAGGCGAGGAUGGACUAAUGCAACUGAGUCGUACGAUGGAAUCGGGUGUUCUGGAUCUGUCCAGGAGACCAGCCAAUUUCCGGAACAGAAUCAAGGACGUGAACACAUGCGUGCAUCCAGAUUUCUUCGACAGCAGACUUUAGACAGGUCAGUAAACGAACACUCCGCACUACACCCCAAUUUCUUUAAACGAUCGAGAGCUUUCUUUCUCUGGCCACGGGUAAUCAGUGCGUUAUGUUACUAGUGGAAAUGCCUGGAAUCGCAAUAUUUGAUCAGUAUACAUGCACAUGUGGCAAAAUCAUGAGUCGUUUAAUGAACAGUUUAGUUUCUGAGAUUCUCUUCUGUGGUUUGCUACCUACCUCAUUUCAUCAAUACGUUUUAGUAAGGGUUUAAAGAAACCCGUGAAAUUUUAAGUAAACAUCAGAAAAGUACAGGUCAUAACCUGCGAUCAGGCGAACCUUAUUCUCUGUUGAUCAGCACAUCUCCAGUUUCAGCUAUGUUGCAGAUGGCAGUGUUGUUACUAACUCGAUGCCUAUCUUGAGUUUGGUCAGUUCUUGUCACUUGUGUCGUUUUAUCCGUCAGGGUUGUGCUGGAUCGCAGGUAAAAGGUCAAAAUGACCCCAUACUCGUAGAGGGGUCAAAGUUUACAUUUUCAGGCAGCUGUGGCAUCCAAGUUUGUUAGUAACUGUUUCCAAUUUUUUUUUCUUCAUGCUACCACUCAUAAAACAACCCUCAACAGGUUAAGUCCAGCAGAGCAUUUCUUAACUCAAGGUCAGAUCUGUCGUGGAAAUUAUACUUGGAAAAUAGAGAGUUUCUCUCAGCUCCUCCAGGACGCAAGCAAUGGAGAGAUAAGAUCACUUGAGAGUCCUCCGAUUUACACUAGCUUCCCUUGUGGGUACAAGUUCUUCAUGCGUAUCUUCCCGAAAGGCGUUGAUGGUGGAGAUGGAAGACACAUUGGCCUGUUUGUUGGCAUGAUGCAGGGGGAUUUGGAUAACAGGCUCGAAUGGCCAUUCGGCGGGCAAAUAUCUCUCUCCCUGUUGGAUCAAAGCAACGAUGCUCACAGGUUCUGUAACGAUGUCAGUGGCACUUUCCCGGCUAACGGAAAUCUGGGAGCUUUUCAGGAACCCACGGCUGCCGGGCGAUACACCACCUUGUAUGGCUACGAAGAGUUUGCGCCCAUCGACAUGGUUUGCACCCCACAGUACUCUAAAGGUGAUGCGGUGAUGAUCAAGAUUGAGAUCAAUAAAAACAUCUAA